GAUAUUGAUGAUAUUUAAUGCCAUCAUAUCUAUAGUAUUACCUAAUACAAUUAAGGAAUAGUUCUCUCUCUCUCUCUCUCACACAGUUUGUUCAUCUUUUGACAUGGAAGAGGUUCAAGAAACUCAACUCAGCAUCAAGGUUCAAGAAGCCAAGGAAGGAGAAUCUCAUGGCUAUGAAAAUGAAUCAAACCAGCCAAUUAGUCCUCAAACCAGAAAACUUACACUUUGGAUUCGAAUUGGGAUUUAUUCAUUCCUUGUUCUCUCUGGCCAGGCAGUAGCAACCUUAUUACUGAGAUUGUACUAUGAAAGAGGUGGAAAGAGCAAAUGGAUGGCUGCAAUUGUUCAGCUAGCAGGCUUUCCAAUCCUUCUCCCUUACUAUUUCUUCCCAAAUAACAUGUGUAAAACCAAAACCAAUCACAGCAGCACUACUACUACUACUACUAGUACUCAUUCUACUCAAUCAAACAAACCAUCUAUCUUAGUUGUUGCCUCACUUUACUUGGUUCUUGGCCUAUUCAUAGCAGCAAAUUGUUAUCUCUUCUCUGUUGGUCUCAUGUACCUUCCAGUAUCAACUUACUCAAUCAUAAGUGCAUCCCAACUGGCCUUCAAUGCCUUCUUCUCUUUCUUUCUCAACUCACAGAAGUUCACUCUUUACAUAAUCAACUCCCUAGUGCUUCUCACCAUCUCUUCUGUUCUGCUCGUUUUCGAACCCGGUUCUCAAAAAUCUUCUUCCAAAGUCUCAAGAUGGAAGUAUGCAGUUGGGUUUGUUUGCACUGUGGGUGGCUCUGCAGGGUAUGGAUUGCUUCUCUCCUUGAAUCAGUUGCUCAUGAACAAAGUUCUUAAGAAGGAGAGCUUUUCAGUGAUAGUGGAUGUCUUGGUAUUUGAAUUACUUGUGGCAAGCGUUGCACUUCUUGUGGGACUUUUUGCAAGCAGUGAGUGGGCAACUCUGAGGGAAGAAAUGAAUGAGUUUGAACUUGGGAAAGUUUCAUAUGUGAUGACAUUGUCAUGGAUAGCCAUAACAUGGCAAGCUUUCUACAUUGGGACAGUGGGUUUAAUACUAGAGGUCUCUUCUCUCUUCUCCAAUGCAUUAAGUGUUUUGGGUUUGCUCAUUAUCCCAGUUUUGGCAGUGUUUUUGUUCCAGGAAAAGAUGGAUGGGAUCAAGGUUAUGUCUAUGGUUUUGGCUAUUUGGGGCUUUUUUUCAUAUGCUUAUCAGAACUAUCUUGACAGUCACAGUUCCAAGAAUGACACCCCAAUAAGCAAUGACUAGUUUGUUUUCUAAGAGGGUUUUAUGUACAUGUAAAAGAAAGAGAAAAAUCAAAUAAAAGAUUAGAUGGGUUGUUACUCACAUGAUAAAAUUUCUCAUUAGUAAAUUAUAGUCAUUGUAAAAUAUGUAUUUAUUUAUUUAUGCUCAUAUAAUUGUUUUGUAGAGACUAUUGAUGUUUUUGGAAGCAAAGCAUCAUUAUGUACAAAAGUUAUAUUUUUUGUAGGGAAAAUUUG